CAAACAUUUACGUUAAAUCAACCAAAAACGAUUGAUUACACUAUUCUAAAGCAAAGUUUUAAGCUUAGUUACAAGAUUUUCCAUCCAAUAUGUCGAUCCUAAAACAAUCAAUCGUAAUAGCAAUCACUGCCGUUGCUGUACUAUAUCUUCCAGGCCUAUGGAAAAAGAAGCUACCGGUAAUAUUUGAGGGCCAAGUAGAAAAGGGCUUCGAGGCUGUAUUUGAUGCAUUCAAGAUGUGUAUAAGAGACAGGUAUACAGGCAAGAAAGUUGUCGACAUAUGGGGAGGCUACGCAGACAAGCAAUCGCACCGGCCAUGGAAGCAAGAUACGUUAGCUACCAUUUAUUCUAGCGGUAAGGGGGUCGCAGCCAUCUGUAUUGGAAUGUUAAUUGACCGAGGCCUGCUAAAAUAUGAUGAUAAAGUCGUGAAAUACUGGCCCGAGUUCGGUAAGCACGGCAAACAAGACGUGACAGUUGAGAUGCUCCUUAGCCACCAGGGUAUCGUUUCUGUUACAGAUAUUGAUAUCCACUUUGGUCUGCAUAAAGAAAAAUUUCAUCGCUUGACUCGAAUGGAAGAUACUGAAUACACUUCAAGCCAAUAUAUAGAGAUUUUACAGAGUCCAUCGAUGCGGAGUAUGAUAUUUGGAUCGCUGAUUGGAAGAGAAAGUAUUUGGAACAAUGCUUUAGCUAAUGUAGAAGAAUUGUUAAACCCGUACUUGUUAAACGAUCCGGAUAAUCGGCUUGUUGAAGUGCCCUCCGCGUUUGGUGUGGGCACCGCAGAAGGCUUGGCGAAAUUAUAUGGUAUAUUAGCCAAUGGAGGAGAAGUAAAUGGAAAGAAGAUCAUGUCGAAGAGAGCUAUUGAGAUAUUAAACACGGGUGUCAGCAAGGGUUUUGACAAAACAAUUGAGAUAGAUGUGGAGUGGGGGCCGGGAACCGGUAUCAGCAAUAUUCAGAUUGGAAAAGCUUUCGGGCACAGUGGAGCCGGUGGACAGGAAGCCUGGGCCAACCCUGAACUAAAGCUAGGCUAUGGUUUUGUGACGAAUACGCCUACACUGAGCCUUUUGGAGUCGGGAAAACGCUACCUCUCAUUACGCAACAGUGUCUACGAUUGCGUUCAAAAGUUAGGAAAAUAAAGACAUUCAUGAAGUCAGUAGUCUUUGAUAAAUGAGUCAGUUAUAAUUGUGUACGUUAAUUGUUAAAAGUGAUUGUAUCAUGAUCUAAUAUUGUUUUGACUUGUUACAUUGAUGAUUUUGUUAUAGCUUUUACCACGUUAGUAAAAUUAGGCUUAACGAGUCUCCUAAUUAUUUAACGUCUUGUCGUGUCAGUGACUAGUCCUGGCAAAAAUGAUGGUUUUAGAAUAAAUGUCACUGUGAUUAAUUGAUCAAUUACAUAGCGUGCAAUUGUAAAAAUAGAUUAUAACAUCUCGUUAACAAGAUAACAUAGGCCUAAGCCUAACAAGUGAUUAACACAUGUCUUAAAGCUGUUUAAUUAGAAUAACUCUAUGGCAAACUGGAUAAGCGUGUAUUAUUUAAAUGGGAAUAUCGGUUCUAAUAGUACUGUAAAGAUAUGAAUUUGCGCCAGGAAAUAUCAUAGGAGUGAUGUUUUGCCCUACCUGACAUGUUAUCGUACCGAAUAUUCAGUACGUCCCCAAUACUAGCGAAAAAAAAUCGCAAGUGAUUCUGGUGGGAAUCGAACCCACGACCACCAGGUAUAUCGCCUGAUGUCUUAACCACAUAACCGCAAAAAUCACACUCAAGUACAGUAGUUAAAAAUCACCUCAUAUCAUCUUAUUUUGACUCCUAUGAUACGCCACUGUUGUAUUGCUGGAGUUUAUUUUGAAGGUCGUAUACACAAGGCUGUAAUAAGUUCGUUUUUGGAUGUCGUCUCUUUAGGAGUAGGCCUUAUCUCAUGGAUCAAACACGUGUAGGCCUACUAAACGAACAAAAGCUGUUCGUCGUCUAAAAUGAGAAGAUCUAUGAUGCAUUUGAGAGCGAUAACAUUCCUCAAAAUGUUACAUUGUUUUUAUUAUUCUUUUGUGAAAACGUUGAUGUAAGAACAUUAAAUCAAACAUAAUCAA